AUGCUCGUGCUCCGUCUUCCACUCCGCUUGGCUGUUCGCGCGACUCCUCCCCAUGCCCGUGCCGCAACCCCGAUAGUCGCAUCUUCCUUGUCCGCAACCAGGUCAUACCGCACCAAGGCCGAUGGCACCACUUCGCCUAAGAAGGCCGAUGGCAGCGCUGCCCCCAAGAAGAAGACUGCCGCCCCAGCCUUGUCCAAGAAGGCCCAGAAGGAAGCUGCCGCAAAGGCUGCCUACAAGCUCUUGAGCCCUGAAGAGAAGGCUGAAAUCAGCGCAAAGGCCAAAGAGGCAAAGCAGAAGGAAGAAGUCAAGCUGCUCAAAGCCCAAGCUCUUUCUCCUCCCAAGUAUAGACAGGUUAACGCUUGGGCUAUGUACAUCAAAGACAACACCGCCGCAAAAACANACGGCCCUGUGAUUGAGCAAAUAAAGACCCUGUCCCAAGAAUUCAAGAACAUUUCCUCGAGCGAGAAAGAAGACCUCAAACAACGUCUCACCGAGCACAACGCAAAGUCCUUGCGCGAGUUCCAGGAAUGGCUCAACGGCCACACCCCAGCUCAGAUUCUCGAGGCCAACAAUGCCCGCGCCCGCCUGCGCAGACUGCUCGCCGACACCAAGUCAAAGUACCUGCCCAUCAAGGACGAUCGGUUGGUCAAGAAGCCCACCACCUCCUUCAUCAAAUACCACAACGAGCGCAUUGCAUCUGGCGAAUUCAGUGGCGCCGUCACAGCCGAGUCCGCCAGAACCAUUGCCGCCGAGUUCAAAGCUCUCUCCGCCAGCGAGAAGAAGAAAUACGAAGACCUUUCUGCAAAGGACAUCGAGAGAUACAACAGAGAGCACCUCGAAGUCUACGGCUUUGAGGUUCCUCCAGCCAGAGUCAACAAGAAGGCCUUGGAUGCGGCCGAGGCCGGCAUUGAACCUUCUGUGUGA